AUGCUAUCAGUUGCCACACAAGCUCUCACGCCUCACGAGAAGCUGAUACCUUGUCCCGAUGGCAAGGACUGCGACAUCAUCUCGCCGAGCCGGCCAACUCCCGCCCCUGAGAGCCACCUACAUAUCGAGGGAGCCGAAGAACCGGUCGGCCUUUACCCCCAGUCCGAGACUCUAUGGUUCUUACCGCCCCUACAGGCAGCCCUCACAACGCCGGACAGAGGCCAACUUCCACCUUGCUAUGCCCUUGCCUCGGAUAAGUCUAUUCUGCCUCCUUACAGGCUAGGGAGAGGCUCUGGGUUCUUCAAGUCGACGAUUCACCCCGUUGUCAUUGUUCCCUCACAUGUUCUGCUUGAAGCCUUUAUGCGUUUUUGUGCGCGCUAUGUAAACACACCCGCUGGCGGCUUCUCUAUUAGCACGAUUGCUUAUGUGGGGCUUUAUAUUGAUGAUGACGGGUAUUUGGAUCUCAAGCAGCUCUCAGAGCCACUAUCUUCAUCUUAUCUGGCGCUCAGAGAAGGGAAGAUUCCUGUCCGACAGUGGGUGAACGAGCUGAAGAAGCUACUUGGGGAGCCUGGAUUAUUAACAUGA